AUGGAAGCAAGAGUGGAUGUCAGCUUUGAUUGUGCAGGCUUUAACAAAACGAUGAAAACCGCUUUGAGUGCAACUCGUGCUGGUGGCAAGGUUUGCCUUGUGGGAAUGGGCCAUAACGAGAUGACUGUGCCACUUACUCCAGCUGCUGCAAGGGAGGUUGAUGUUAUCGGAAUCUUCCGGUAUCGGAACGCAUGGCCUUUGUGCUUCGAGUUUCUAAGAAGUGGUAAGAUUGAUUUGAAACCUCUCAUAACCCACCGGUUUGGGUUUUCUCGGAAAGAAGUGGAAGAAGCUUUCGAAACCAGUGCCGGAGGCGGCAGCGCCAUCAAAGUCAUGUUUAACCUGUGA